CUUCCCUAAUACCUCUUUUUGCAUUCAGUGAUUGGCCAGUAGGAGGUUCCCAUGGUAACUGACACCACACUCCUAUUUGGCCAGCGCUAAGAACACCAGUCCACCAACAGCAACUUGCAAGAGGCGCCCCCUUAGCUACGGUCACCAUGGUGACGGGGGGAGACGCCUUCCCUACUAUUGGCGUAGAUUGGCUGAAGAACUACAACAAGCCCAGGCCUUGGGAAUUGCUGCCGAAAACGGCUCGUCCCAAAACCCAGGUGUGAGGGCUUGUGGUAUGCGGAGGACGAGAUGAUAAGCCCAAAACCAAGCCAAUCCCUGGGAGUCAAGGUACAAUCCAAGCUUAAACAGCUAUCUGAACCACAAGGGAAACUGGAAAGGUAUCUUGGCUCAUUGGUUGGAUCAGCCACGCAGACAGGAAUAGGUGUGCGGAGAACAGCCUCAUCCCCUGUGAUAGCAGAUGAAGAUCCUGAAGUUAACUUGUUUCCGCCGCCACUGCCCCAGCCCCGGAUCUGCAUGUGGAAAUACCUGGACAUCCAUUCAAUGCACCAGCUGGAGAAGACAGCCAGUGUUGAGGAGAUGAGAGAGGUGCUGGCUAAGCUGCUGGAGAUUGGCUGGCCUGAGCAAAGCUUGCAGGAUGCCAUCACCCUGGACCUCUUCUCCCAUGCCCUCAUCUUCUGCCACCAACAAGGCUUCUCAAUGGAGCAGACAUCAGCAGCUUGUGCUCUGCUCCAGGAUCUUCACAAGGCCUGUGUUGCAACCCCCUUGGGCAACGUGGAAGAAUGUUACCGCCACUUUACUACUGCUCUUUUCUGCCAUGGAGUCAGGCGGCCUCCGUUCAGCAUUGACCUCUUUAAGGAAGAACAGCUUCUGGCCCUGGCAGACUAUGUGGUCAGCACCUAUUUCCGCCACUUCAAGCUCUACAAAUAUGUGUUCACACCAGAGGUGCGGCUAGAUUUGUCUUUGACUUACAUGGGGCUACAGCCACCCAAGCCCUGGCCAGAGAGUAAGACAGAGAAAGAAGGCCAAGGAGCAGAGGAGCAGGCAGCUAUCCAACAAGAAGAACCAGAAACAGUGGCCCAGUCAGAGCAAGAGCCAAGCCAGGUUUGUGUCCUCCGAACCUACAUCAAGACCCAAGUGAAUAAGGAGCUAGGGCAACUCCAGAAGCUGGUGGAAGAGCAGCUCAAGGCCAGUGAGGAAAGGCUCAGCAGCAAGUUGACUACCCUAGAGCGGCCUUCCCAGGUAUCUUCCAGCAAAGGCAAGAACAAGAUUAAGUGAUUCCUAGCAAUUUCCCCAAUAAAAGCCAGAGCCACAGCAUGCCAUUCCCACCCCCCACCCUGAGCACCCUGAGUUGAAGCCAGUCAGCAGACACAAGACACUCACUACCCGCAGUGUGGAACAGAUUUUAUUUGAGAUACAGCAGAAGCAGCACUGAUGAGAUUGGGCAUGGCAUUUGGAAUGGCUCUCUUCCACCCCACCUCUCAUCUCUAAGCCUUGACCACCAGGGGUAGGCGUACAGAGUUGGUCUCCAUGAUCGUAGCAUGACCAGUAGGGCUAGGCAGAGGGCCUGAGGCAAGGGCCUACAGGGGCUGGAAUGGUUCAAUCCUCCUGAGAAGUCCUGCUUUCUGAGCUUACUCAGGGCUAAGGUCCAAGCUCAGCACCUGUACACUCAUCCUCAGUGACAGGAGCACAGUCUCCCUCCUCUUCAGCACCAAUGAGAGGAAAAGGCCCAGGGGGUUGGUGCUGGAAGAGGGCUGCUCGAUUCUGCUGCUCCCCCUUCUUCACCCAGUGCCCAUAGAGCCGAAAGGCACAGUUGUCAAUGAGGCGCCGCACUGGCCGCAGUGCAUAGGGAUCCCUCAACAGUGCACUCUUGGUCAUUGGCCGCAUACGGCGGGCACUUAAGGCCACUCGUCCAGCAGCCAGCACUGUCCACACUGCCACCUAUAAAGAGGGAGCAGUAUGAACUCCAGUACAGCACCCACACAGGAGAAAGGUCUUAAGGCAGGCAUAGAUGCAGACUGUGCUGCCAGGCUUACCCGGAAUCGCUGGUGGGGUGUAAGGUUCCAGAGUUGGCUGCCUUCACAACGCUCAAAGAAGGGAUGCUGGAGGGCCUGCUCAGCUGUCAGGCGUUCUUCAGGAUCUACCUGCAGCAGCCUUGAGAUCUAGGGAAAACCCCAGAGUAUGAGGGGCAGGCCUUGGGCCUUCCCCACUGUCCUUUGAUGGACCCAGCUCACCAGGUCUUUGACUGUGUCAGAACGGUCAUCCCACUCAGGUGAACUGAACUGGUACCGGCCCUCCAUGAUCAUGCGUAACAUCAGGAUUUGGCGUCGGUGCCAGAAUGGGGGUGAGCCAGCCAGAAGUGUGAAGAGGAUCACCCCACAGGCCCAGCUAGGAAAGAGAAUAGUCAGGUAGGUCUAGCUAACAGGCAGGUGUGAAGGGCAGUACACGUAGGAGAGAUAGGGAGAACAAAAACUUACAGGUCUACCUCCUUGCCAUAUCCUGGGUGGGUUUCAUCCAUGGAACAUUUCAGGAUCUCUGGUGCUAGAUACCCUGGUGUCCCACACAAAUCUAGGGAGAAAGGCAGAGAUUGAGGGGAUGCCACCAACCCCCUUCAGGGCCCUGAGCAGUAGAUGUCUACUGGAACCACCUCACUGUCUGAAUCACUGGUGGUUUUGUUCUGCAUGUGCCUACUUCCUGCUUAGCCUCAGAACUAUAUAGUGUCUCUGCCAAAAAAAUUCAAGUAGCCAUCAAGGCUCCCAGUAGCCAUCCUAAGUAAACCUGGUUAGGGGAUGGACUUUAAGGUCUUAGCCAACCACAUCCUUUACCUCCUCCACCCUACUGGCCAAACCAACCCACCCAUCCACUUACAACUUACCACAUUUUAAAAUACAUCAUAGAAAUGGAAAAGAAAA